AUGACCGUUGCUGGUAUUAUUCCAGUAACAGCAGUUGCACCUAUUGAAUGUGUAAAAUUACUUCUUCAAACUCAAGGUGAAAUGCUUAAACAAGGUACUAUCACCCGACCAUACAAUGGUACUAUUGGUUGUAUCAUGCAAACUUUCAGAAAUGAAGGACUCUUAUCAUUCUGGCGAGGUAAUUUGACCAAUUGUUUUCGAUCUGUUUGCCAUCAGCCUUUGAAUUUUGUCUUCAAAGAUAAAGUCAAAUGUAUGUUUAAACAAAAUAGAAACUAUCCAUAUAUAGUAAAUUUUGGUAAAAAUAUAGCAAGUGGUAGUUUAGCUGGUGCAUUAUCAUUAUGUUUUGUUUACUCGCUUGAUUAUACUCGUACACGUUUGACUACUGAUGUCAAAAGUACAAAGAAAGGAGGUGGUGAACGUAAACACGCGAUGGUGACGUACAAUGGUCUUGUUGAUGUCUAUGAAAAAACAUUGGCUAUCGAUGGUAUUGUUGGUCUUUAUCGUGGUUUUGUUAUUUCAUGUGUUGAAAUCAUUAUUUAUCGUGGAUGCUAUUUCGGUCUUUAUGAUACAUUAAAACCAAUUUUAAUUGGUCCUGAUUCUGGUAUUAGUUCUUCAUUUUUACUUGGUUAUUGCAUCCCAAUUACAUCAGGUUUUAUUUCAUAUCCAUUUGAUACUAUUGUACGACGUAUGAUGAUAACAUCAGGUCAACCGGUUAAGUAUAAAGGUUCAAUGGAUUGUAUGUGCCAAAUCUUACGAACUGAAGGUGUUAUGGCUUUCUAUAAAGGAGUUGGUGUGACUCUUCUUCGAGGUAUCGCUGGUGCCGGUCUCUUAUCUAGUUCGGAUAAACUAGUCACACUUUAUAUUAGCGUCAAAAGAUUUUUAUCAUCUCGUGAUAUACCUAUUUCAUCACCACGUGGUUGUGAAGAUGAUAUUGGUACAAUUUAA